AUGGGUAGUUUUAAAAGAAGUCCUACUUUGUCAGCAAGUCGUCCUCAUCAUUCGUCGGUAACAAAUACUACAACAAGCAAUAAUAAUAAUAAUAAUAAUAAUAAUAAAAAAAUGUUUAAAUGUGAGGGUUAUAAAGAUUGUAAUAUGGCUUUUACAAGAGCUGAACAUUUAGCAAGACAUAUUAGAAAACAUACAGGUGAAAAACCAUUUCAAUGUUAUAUUUGUUUAAAAUAUUUUAGUAGAGUAGACAAUUUAAAACAGCAUAGAGAUUCAGUUCAUGCAAAAUUAAAUCAUCCACCUUCAUAUUUUAAUGAAGUUCAACUACCUACAGCAAAUCCUAAUACUAGUAAUAAUUUAGGAUCAUCAUCAUCUCAUUUACAGCAUCCUAAUAAUAAUAACAAUAAUAAUAAUAAUAAUAAUAAUAUGCAUUUUGAUAAUAGAAUAUUAGGUUUAUCAAAUAAUACUAAUAAUAAUUAUACAAUAAGUGAAACGUCAAUCCAACAACAUCGUCCAGAUAUACGAAUGAUUGGCCAACCGAAAUAUAUGUAUACUAAUAACAAUAGCAACAACAAUACAUACGAACAUGGUGCUAGUUAUAUCCCAUAUGGUCAACAUACUACAUCUACUACACAACCAAAUCAACAUCAACCUUUGCAUUAUACAACAUCAACAUCAUCAUCCACAUUUAAUAAUAUUCGCGGACAAGAUUCUUUAUAUUCCACAUCACAAUUAACGUCACCUGUUCAAGCUUAUAAUGUUAAUAUUCCAAAUUCAAGAAAUCAUGCAACAAUAAUUACGACGCCAUCGAUCAUUACAUCAAAACAACAAGAACAAAACAUAAUGAUACCAUCAAUUCAUACUCAACCGCAUAAUUCUCUUGAAAAUGUACCAUUAAGUCCAAUGAGUAAACCAUGGAAUACAACUAAUAUUAUGGUAUUUCCUGUAACUCAACAAAUGCAUUUAGAAUCACAACUUUUACCAUCACAAAUUCAACCACAACAAUCGCAAAUGUUACAAACACCUAUACCAUCUGUUCAUCAAUAUUAUGAUACAAGCCAUACAGGUACAUUAUUACCAAAUCAGUAUUCUCCAACAGGAACUACAAUGAUUGAACCGAUAAAUAAUUAUAAUCAAAAUAAUCAAAAAUUGAUGAAUACAGGUAUAAAGAAUACUAAAAGAGUUGGUCGUAAACGUAAAUUAACAGGUAAUAAAGGUUCACCAUCUUCUCCUUCUUCCAGUAGAAGUAGCACUAGUAGUAGAAAUAGUAUUAAUUAUGAAUCACAAAACGAUCAAAAUAAUAAUACUGGUAAAUUGCAGUCUAAAUCGAUUACAACUAAUAAUGAAAGGAUUGAACCAACUAUUGUUAAUAAUGAUAACGCUACUACGUCAGCAAUUAAAUCUAACUCAGACAGUGCUGAAGAAUUUAGAACUGAUAACAAGACUGUUAAAGAUCGUCUAAGUGUUAAUUACAUCAUUUUAUAA